AUGAGAUUUCUUGUUACAGCAUUGUUCUUAUGUAUAUUUCUUUCAUGUGCAGCUGCCUAUGAUCCUUUGGAUCCCAGUGGGAACAUAACGAUCAAAUGGGAUGUAAUGUCUUGGACACCAGAUGGCUAUGUGGCUGUUGUGACGAUGAACAAUUUUCAAAUGUACCGGCACAUCAUGAGCCCGGGCUGGACCCUGGGAUGGACAUGGGCUAAGAAAGAAGUAAUAUGGUCCAUGGUUGGGGCACAGACCACAGAACAAGGGGACUGUUCCAAGUUCAAAGGUAACAUACCACAUUGCUGCAAAAAGAAUCCAACAGUGGUGGACUUGCUCCCUGGUGUUCCUUACAACCAGCAAUUCAGCAACUGCUGCAAAGGUGGAGUCAUGUCGUCAUGGGGUCAAGAUCCACAGGCUGCCGUCUCUGCCUUCCAAGUUAGCAUUGGCCAAGCCGGCACCUCAAACAAGACUGUAAAGCUUCCUAAGAACUUUACCUUGUUAGGUCCUGGACCAGGCUACACUUGUGGUCCUGCAAAAGUUGUGCCUUCAACCAAUUUCCUCACAACUGAUCGGCGCAGGAAGACUCAGGCCCUGAUGACAUGGAAUGUGACAUGUACCUAUUCACAGUUUCUAGCCCGGAAACACCCCAGCUGUUGUGUCUCAUUUUCGUCGUUCUACAAUGAAACAAUCACUUCUUGUCCUUCUUGUGCUUGUGGCUGCGAAAACAAAAAUAAAUGCAUCAAGAGCGACUCAAAACUUCUUAGUAUGGUUGGGAUUAACACUCCGAGAAAAGAUAACUCGCCCCUUUUACAGUGCACGCACCAUAUGUGCCCAAUCCGGGUUCACUGGCACGUUAAGGUCAAUUACAAGGACUACUGGCGUGUGAAGAUUGCGAUAACUAAUUUUAACUAUAGAAUGAACUACACACAAUGGACUCUUGUUGUACAGCAUCCAAAUCUGAACAAUGUAACUGAAGUUUUCAGCUUCGAUUACAAGCCUCUGGUUCCCUAUGCAUCCAUCAAUGACACUGGAAUGUUUUAUGGCAUGAAAUUCUACAAUGACCUGCUGAUGGAAGCUGGGCCGUCUGGGAAUCUGCAGUCGGAAGUUCUUAUGCAGAAGGACAAGAACACCUUUUCCCUCAAGCAAGGAUGGGCAUUCCCCCGGAAAUAUGUAGCAUUUGUCAAAUUGUUCUUUCUCUACACUAUUGCAAACUACCUACAAUAUGGGACAGUUAACCGUGAGGAGCUUAUUCUUUACGGGAAGCUUAAUCAGACACUUAUCUCAUUAGAGUUCGAGUUCUUUCUUUAG